AACUGAACAGAAGCUACGUAAACUGCAGAGAGGACAGCACCUACAGUGCAUACAAAAAAACACCACGCUCAUGCGCAGAAAUCUCCGUAUCAAUAGCCACGGAAAAACAGUUUCCAGAAAAUCUUGCAAAGCAGCCACUCCAUAAUAUUUCAUGAUCAAAUUUUGGGCGUAGUAAACCCUCUCGCUUCGUCUCUUCCUCUCUACUACUAGUACUACAGGUGAUCGAAUUCCGUCCAAAAACAACGACCACAUAACUGGUUUGCAGGGUCACCGCGAGCUACAGAGUCUUCGGAAAUAUGGCACUUUUACCUUUCUUUGCAGGUUGGAUCGGUUAUUUGCUUAUUUGCCUGCUUGGAUUGAUUUUGAUCGCGUUUCUAAUUUUUUGUCUUUACAUAAAAUAUAUUCAUCUGAAAUAUGAUCACAUACCGGGACCACCAAGGGAUAGUUUUAUAUUUGGUCAUUCCCCAACCAUGCUGAGGGAGAUGAGCAAUGGUCGAGUUGUCCACGACAAAUUUCUGGAAUGGGCUGAGACUUAUGGACCGGUGUACCGAAUCAACGGUUUGCAUGUUGUGAUGUUGUUUGUGACCUGUCCUGAUACCACCAAGGAAGUCCUGAUGUCACCUAAGUACCCCAAAGCCCCAAUGGUCUACAAGCGUCUCUUCAACCUGUUUGGACAGAGGUUUUUGGGAAGUGGCCUGGUCACAGCACAGAAUCAUGAUGAGUGGUACAAACAGCGAAGAAUAAUGGACCCUGCCUUCAGCAGUCUGUACCUGCGGGGUCAGAUGGGUGCGUUCAACGAGAGGGCAGAGAAGCUGAUGGAUAAACUGGCGGACAUGGCUGACACCUACACAGCUGCCAACAUGCAACACAUGUUCAACUGUGUGACACUGGAUGUCAUCACUAAGGUGGCGUUUGGAGUGGAGCUGGAUCUGCUGAAGGAGAUUGACUCUCCGUUCCCCAACGCUAUAGAGAUGUGUCUGAAGGGAAUGGUCCACUAUCUCAGAGACUUCACCUUCCAGCUCUACCCAAAGAACAAGAAGUUCAUCAACGAGGUGAAGAAGUCUUGUCAGCUGCUGCGUUCGACAGGCAGACAGUGGAUCAACGAGAGGAAAAUGGCCGUCCAAAACGGAGAGGACGUUCCAAAAGACAUCCUCACACAGAUCCUCAAGACGGCUGGCAAAGAGGAAAACAUAGCAAACGAUGAUGAGGAGCUUAUGCUGGACAACUUUGUGACAUUCUUCAUUGCGGGGCAAGAGACAACAGCCAAUCAACUAGCUUUUACCGUCAUGGAACUGGGAAGGCUGCCAGAGAUACUGACAAAGGUGAAGCAGGAAGUGGAUGACGUCAUCGGGAUGAAACAGGAAAUCAGCUUUGACGACCUGGGGAAAAUGACCUACCUGUCUCAGGUUUUGAAGGAGACUCUAAGGUUGUACCCUACAGCACCAGGCACUUCUCGUUUCAUCCCUAAUGACAUCGUCAUCAACGGCAUCCCCAUCCCAGCAGGAGUCUCAUUUGUCUUCAAUUCGUAUGUCUGUGGAAGGUUGGAUAAGUUCUUUGAGGACCCGCUGAAGUUUGACCCAGAGAGGUUCCAUCCAGACGCUGCCAAACCCUAUUACUGCUACUACCCCUUCGCCCUGGGACCACGCUCAUGUCUGGGACAGAGCUUCGCACAGAUGGAGGCCAAGGUAGUGAUGGCCAAGCUGCUCCAGAGGUUUGACUUCAGCCUGCUGCCUGGCCAGUCCUUUGACAUCCUGGACACUGGGACUUUGAGACCAAAGAGUGGAGUGGUGUGUAACAUCAGACACAGAGGACAGACACCUGCAGCCUGACCUGACUGGGACCUGAACAUGACUAGCACUUCUCUAUAACAUACUUGUCUUAUUUCUUAUACUUCUUAGUGGAGCAAAUUACCUUUUUCAUUCAAUGAAGCACCUUAUUCAAAUAUCUAGCUAUUUUUUAUGAAAAUGGAUUUUGAACAAUUAUGUUUAUUCUUUGUAUCAAUGGUGAAACAAUAUCUUAAAUAUGACGGUUCUAUGUGUUGAAGAGUUACUAGGACAGACUUGACAUCGGAGUGUUUGUAUUUGUACCGAUUCCUUGUUGUUAAUUUACCCUUAUCAUGUUGUUACUAUGCAGUAUACCAUUUAUCACAUAAUAUAAAGGUUACUAUGCAGUAUACCAUUUAUCACAUAAUAUAAAGGUUACUAUGCAGUAUACCAUUUAUCACAUAAUAUAAAGGUUACUAUGCAGUAUACCAUUUAUCACAUAAUAUAAAGGUUACUAUGCAGUAUACCAUUUAUCACAUAAUAUAAAGGUUACUAUGCAGUAUACCAUUUAUCACAUAAUAUAAAGGUUACUAUGCAGUAUACCAUUUAUCACAUAAUAUAAAGGUUACUAUGCAGUAUACCAUUUAUCACAUAAUAUAAAGGUUACUAUGCAGUAUACCAUUUAUCACAUAAUAUAAAGGUUACUAUGCAGUAUACCAUUUAUCACAUAAUAUAAAGGUUACUAUGCAGUAUACCAUUUAUCACAUAAUAUAAAGGUUACUAUGCAGUAUACCAUUUAUCACAUAAUAUAAAGGUUACUAUGCAGUAUACCAUUGAUCACAUAAUACAAACGGUUACUAUGCAGUAUACCAUUUAUCACAUAAUAUAAAGGUUACUAUGCAGUAUACCAUUGAUCACAUAAUACAAACGGUUACUAUGCAGUAUACCAUUUAUCACAUAAUAUAAAGGUUACUAUGCAGUAUACCAUUUAUCACAUAAUAUAAAGGUUACUAUGCAGUAUACCAUUUAUCACAUAAUAUAAAGGUUACUAUGCAGUAUACCAUUUAUCACAUAAUAUAAAGGUUACUAUGCAGUAUACCAUUUAUCACAUAAUAUAAAGGUUGCUAUGCAGUAUACCAUUUAUCACAUAAUACAAACGGUUACUAUGCAGUAUACCAUUUAUCACAUAAUAUAAAAGGUUACUAUGCAGUAUACCAUUUAUCACAUAAUAUAAAGUUUACUAUGCAGUAUACCAUUUAUCACGUAAUAUAAAGGUUACUAUGCAGUAUACCAUUUAUCACAUAAUAUAAAGGUUACUAUGCAGUAUACCAUUUAUCACAUAAUAUAAAGGUUACUAUGCAGUAUACCAUUUAUCACGUAAUAUAAAGGUUACUAUGCAGUAUACCAUUUAUCACAUAAUAUAAAGGUUACUAUGCAGUAUACCAUUUAUCACAUAAUAUAAAGAGAUUUAUAAAGUAUAUAUUAACUUCAUUGAUGAACUUCCUAACCAACAUUACCACAGUGCCUCUGUGUGAGUGAAUUGACUAUAUUUUAAUAAAAUAAUUGACCAAACAU